AUGGUGCUCGCGCAGCUGGGCGGUAGCAUCGCCAGCACGCUGGCGCGGAUGAGCCAGGCCACCGUCGUGGACGACAAGGCGCUCGCGGACUGCCUCAACGAGGUCUCCCGCGCGCUCCUGCAGGCCGACGUCCGCUUCGAGACGGUCCGCGACGUCAAGGCCGCCAUUAAGAGCGCCGCCAACCUCGCCGCGCUCGCCCCGGGCACCGACAGGCGCCGCGUCAUACGGAAGGCCGUCGUGGGCGAGCUCUGCAGGAUGCUGGAUCCGGGGAAGCAGUCCUUCACCCCCAGCAAAGGGAAGCCCGGCGUCGUCAUGUUCGUCGGCCUGCAGGGUUCCGGAAAAACCACCACCUGCACCAAGUACGCGGAUUACUACCGGCGCAAGGGGUUCAGCCCUGCACUUGUCUGCGCCGAUACAUUCCGAGCCGGUGCUUUUGAUCAGCUGAAACAGAACGCGUCGAAGGCCAAGAUCCCGUUCUACGGGAGCUACACCGAGUCAGAUCCUGUGAAAAUUGCCGUCGAGGGUGUGGACAGAUUCAAAAAAGAAAAGUGCGAUCUCAUUAUCGUUGAUACAAGCGGACGCCACAAGCAGGAAGCUGCUCUCUUUGAAGAGAUGCGCCAGGUUUUGGAAGCUACGAAACCGGACCUGGUGAUAUUCGUGAUGGAUGGCAGCAUUGGUCAGGGUGCGUUUGAUCAGGCGCAAGCGUUCAAGCAGAGUGCUUCAGUUGGCGCUGUGAUUGUUACGAAGAUGGAUGGCCAUGCGAGAGGCGGGGGCGCACUCAGCGCGGUUGCAGCUACGAAAAGCCCGGUCAUAUUCAUCGGAACCGGAGAGCAUGUUCAGGACUUUGAGGCUUUCGAUGUGAGACCGUUUGUUAAUCGCCUGCUUGGCAUGGGAGACUUGUCUGGCCUGAUGGACAAGAUCCAGGAUGUUGUGCCUGCUGAUGACAUUACGCCGGACCUGAUUGGAGGACCCUUCACUCUCAAAGUUAUGUACCAGUUGUUCCAGAGUAUCCAGAAUAUGGGUCCUCUUGGGCAGCUCGUUUCUAUGAUACCUGGGUUUAGUGCCCAGUUCAUCGAAAAGGGGAUGGAAAAGGAAGGCCAAGCGAAGAUUAAGAGGUACAUGACGACCAUGGACUCCAUGACUGAAAAGGAGCUUGAAAGCACGAACCCGAAGCUGAUGAACGAGUCGCGGAUCACCCGUAUCGCUCGUGGAUCUGGCAGGCUCGCGAAGGAGGUGGUGGACAUGCUGGAGGAGCACAAGCGAAUGGCCAAAAUGUGGAGCAAAUUGCCGCUCGAUAAGAGGAGACUAAAUACGAACAACCGUGACUCAAUAAAGAAUUUAGUCAAUGUUAUCCCUCCGAAUAUGCUGAAUCAGCUGGGUGGCCUGAAUGGGCUGCAGAAUAUGCUGAAACAGAUGGGGGGACUCGAAAGAAGAUGAGCUGAUCAUU